CCAAUUAAAUUACACCCUUAAUGACACCUAUGACUAUGGCAACUGGGUUGGACCCUGUUCUCACCAGAAAAACCACAGCGUGGAGCUGGUGGUCGGCCCGUACAUCCACUCCAUCAUCUGCAUCCUGGGCUUUGUGGGGAACAGCCUGGUGAUCGUCACCUACGCCUGCUACAAGAGGGCCAAGUCCAUGACCGACAUCUACCUGCUCAACGUCGCCAUCGCAGACCUGCUGUUCGUGGUGUCGCUGCCUCUCAUCGUCCACAACGAGCUGUCGGAGUGGCCGAUGGGGAACACGGCCUGCAAGCUGCUGCGCGGCUCCUACAGCGUGAACCUGUACAGCGGCAUGCUGCUGCUCGCCUGCAUAAGCACCGACCGCUACAUCGCCAUCGUCCAGGCACGCCGCAGCUUCAGACUGCGCUCGCUGCAGUACAGCCGCGUCAUGUGCACCAUCGUCUGGGCCUCCGCCUUCCUGCUGUCCUUCCCCACCUUCUACUUCUACAGCAGGUACGAGCCCUCCCACACCCUGGAAGCCUUCAUGGAGGACACGAUGGUGAACCAGACCUCCGAGGCUCAUCAUUACGUCUGUGAGUUUCAGUUUUCGGACAACUCCACCGCCUGGAUGACCAAGGUGGCGGUCCCCAGCACCCAGCUGGCCGUGGGCUUCUUCCUUCCGCUGCUCAUCAUGGUCUUCUGCUACACCGGCGUCAUCAUCACCCUGAUGAAAGCCAGAAACUUCCAGCGGCACAAGGCGGUGCGGGUGGUGCUGGCCGUGGUGGCGGUGUUCAUCAUUUGCCACCUGCCCUACAAUGUCACGCUGCUGUUCGACACCGUCAACAUGUUCGGGGAGCAGACGUGUGAAUUUUCGGACGUCAUUCUCACUGCCAAGACGGUGACGCAGACCAUCGCCUACCUGCACUGCUGCCUGAACCCGGUGCUGUACGCCUUCGUCGGGGUGAAGUUCAGGAACCACUUCAGGAGGAUCGUCCAGGACCUGUGGUGUCUGGGGAAGAGGUACAUCGCCCCACGCCGCUUCUCCAGGGUCACCUCCGAGAUCUACAUGUCCGCUCGCCGCUCGGUAGACGGAUCCAGCGACAACGGCUCGUCUUUCACCAUGUGAGGACGCCCGGCGGGCUCGUCCGUCUGUUGUGGACCAGGAACUUCCCUCCUGAGCCCAAAGAUCUCUGGAGCUCAGCUUGGGGCCUGCUGGUCUCUAAAAGUCCAAACCUGACCCGAGCCUGUAAAUCAUUUUGUAAUCCUGUGUUGUAAAUCAGAGGGGUUUAAAUCUGCAACAGCUCUUUCAUUUUUACUUUUUUAACCUCUUCAGGACUUAAAAAACUUUUGAAACGAAACAAUCUGAUAAGGAAACGUCCGUCUGGCUGAACUGCUCACAGCUCCGAGACAAACUGACCAAACGUCGCUUUGCUUUUAGAAGAGCUGAGUGUCUCUGUCCUAGAAAUGAUGCCCACACGCCUCCUGGAUCUGAAGGAAACCCAUCUGCUGUCGGGACUAUCUGUAUUAUUAUUUUGCCGUUCAGGAGGUUUCCGUACUGUGCGUGAGCCGAAGGUCAGAGGUCAGGGUGGCUGGUUCGUCAGCAGAGACCCACGUGGUGUCAGCCUGAGAUACUACACCACUUUGGUUCAGGAAAGACUGGGCUUUGGGUUCAAGACUGGAAAGGUCAAGAAGUCCAGUUUAGUGCUUCAAGUCUGUCAUUGAACCAUGAAGACCCCUUAUCUUUCCUGAACCUGAACCUGAACCUGAGGACGGACAGUGGACUCAACAGGGAAAACCGCAGUGUGACAACCACGUAUCUCCAAUUUUCCAUUCAGUUUCCACGAGCUUGUUGUGCUGACGUCUUCCUUCAGGUUUUAAAUGAUUCAUUUUAAAAGAAGAAUCGUCAGCUCACAGGGCAACAAGUUCAUCUUUGGAGACACGUGGUUUUUACUGGACGGGGGUUGUAUUGCUGGUUUUUGAGAAUCCGUAUGUUUAGAGAUGUAACAACGUCUCGGCCAAUUAGAUCCUUAUAAAGAGGAUUCUGUUCCUGCUGUGGAGAGAGGUUCGAUGUGACCUUCAAAAUAAAAUCAAACAGAUAACUGACACAGUAAAACACAUUUAAAAUCACUUUUAGACUUUAUUCAGCAGUUUCACUCUGAUCCGCUCUCACUCAGCAGCUUCGCUUUAAACUUAAUCAGCUGACAGAUUAUUGUCGGGAUUAAAACCUGGACCUGGAGCCAGCUGAGAGUCUGAAGGCUUUGGAUUUUGUUUACAUGUUAAAGUGUCAGACUGAACUCUGUAACCUCAGGUGAACUGCCUCGCUUUGAUUUUACUUUCUGCUUCCUGUAAUCGCUCUUUAUCUUUUAGUUUCCUGUUCCUGUAAUAUUUGAGUUAUGUAACAUUGAAACUGAUGAAUGUGCUGUUCAUAUCUGAG